UACCGAGGCCUUGCAAUAGCGCAGCAUGAUGUGCAUAUUAAUGCUCUGCAUGAUGUGCAUAUUAAUGCUCUGAUCGUGAUCAUCAUCAUUCAGAGACAACUUGGCUUGGGCUACUUUCUAACUGUAACUUGUAACUUGUAAAUUGCCACCACCAGCUUGAUAAAUCAUCAUGUCAAAUCUUGAGGAGACAAUGAAAAUCUUUCAAAAAGCAGAUGCUGUUUGCUUCGAUGUUGAUAGCACUCUCAUACAGGAUGAAUCAAUAGAUGAUCUUGCCAAGUUCUGUGGGGUUGGUGAUGAAGUCCAAGAACUAACCAGACAGGCUAUGGGAGGUCAGAAGAGCUACAAAGAAUCCUUGGAAGCCCGACUUGACCUGAUCAAACCUAGUAAAUCAACCAUGGAGAGGUUUAUCACGCAAACUCCAAUCAAAUUCACUAAAGGAAUAACGAGUCUAGUGAGCAAAAUGCAGGAGCGAGGGACAGCCAUCUAUCUGGUGACGGGUGGGUUCACCUGUAUAGUUAGAAGCUUUGCAAAGGAGCUCAACAUUCCAGUAGAGAAUAUCUAUGCCAAUAAACUCCUCUUUGAUUAUGAUGGGGAUUAUGGGGGCUUUGAUGAGUCUGAACCUACAUGCAGUACAGGAGGUAAACCUAAAGUCAUGGCCAUCUUAAAGGAGAAGUUUGGCUAUCAACGGCUUGUCAUGAUAGGAGAUGGAGCAACCGACAUGGAAGCUUGCCCUCCAGCUGAUGCCUUUAUUGGAUUUGGAGGGAAUCAGAUCCGCUCCAAGGUACAGGAAGGAGCGCAGUGGUUUGUGACUGACUUCCAGGAACUCAUCACCGUAUUGGACGCAUGACAUUAGUAAACAUUAUUAGCAUGUUCAGUUCAGACCAGAGGAAAUUGAUACGAAACUCGUUUAAAUAAACGUUGUAUAAAGAAUAUAUUUUUUUGAAAGUAUGCUCAAUCGUGAAUAUUGCUAGAAGUUUCUUCAUAUGACGUUUCUUUUUACGACAUUCAGACUACACAAAAAUAAUGUUUUCAUUGUAUGAACUCUGGCAAUCUGAACUAGAAGGGAGGAGGGGGGGGGGGGGUGAUAGAAACACCUUGUACAAAUAUGCAUGAACUGCUGCAAAAUUAAAACCUACCAACCGUUUUGUAAGAUACCGUACACAUGGGUCUGUUACCACUCACAAUUUGAGACUAGAAACUUUUUUGAAAUUUCAUCGUCCCGACAUAUUGAGGUAAAAUAAGUAAACUACAACACACUGAAUGUUUGCUGUUUGCAAAAGUUUCUUGUCGCGUAAAUAAUUCACUUUUAGGUUGUGAAACUUUUUGGUUUUGUAUUACUCUAACAAUUAAACUCGCUCUCACAUUCAGGCUUCAGUCAUGAAAAGUGACUAAGAAACAAAGACUAAAAUGACUAAUACAAAUUCAUUUGUACUUUAUUUUUUUGUUGAAAAAUUACACUUUUCAUAUACAAGUAUGUGUAAUUAUGCCAUACAACUUAUAAAUUCAUGUAAUUCUCUGUCAGUUUGCAAAAAAAGUAUAAUACACACCAUGUAAUAUCAAUUAAAAAUAGGCAGUUUUAGUACCGGUAGAUAUGGUAGAAACUACUUCAUAGUUUUAUAUGGUCAACUUGUGCAUAGUUGAAAAAGUUUUUUUUUGGAAGAAUUUUACUGAAAAAGUUGGGGACACUUUCAAUUUAUACAGAAUCCAAUAUGUAUACAUAAAUAAAAUAAAAAGCUUUUAAAAAAAGGAUUCUGAGAGAAAAUGUGUAAUUGCUCAGAAAUAAGUGCAUACAAAGACAUUCCAUGACAAUAUCGGGUUAAUAUCCAGGCAAUGUACGUUGUCUACUCGUUUUAACAAUUAAAGACAAUUCCACAAUGUCUUGAGCAGAGCCUGAUUUUGUCAGUUUCUGGUUGUGUCAUUAAAAAAAAAAGGCCAUUUGACUGCAGUCUCUGACUCUAUGUAUAGUCUCAUAGCUCAGACCCUCUGUUAAGAAUUUUUAAGGUUUUUUUUAAAACCGUUUUUUAGAAGAAAAAAAAUAUUAAAGCAUUCAAAACUGAGAAAUAUCAUCCCAAAGAGAGAGAGAGAAAGAAAAAAAAAAGAUUUCCAACCAACCGACCCAUGUUUUGUCACCUAAAGGGCAAUACAACAUCUUUUUUUUUAGUCUGAUGAAUGACAAGGGUUUCAUCAUCGUCACUUAGCAACCGUUUAUCUCACACUGUGGGGUUGGACCUUUUCAUUUCCCUUUCAGGGUUUGCAAGGUCUACCAUGGGGCUUGAGCCUGCAACCUGGGACCCGUUUCACAAAGCCUUUUUUCAAUGA